AUGGCACCGCAAUUUGAGCCUAUGAAGAAUGACUUGAUUCUCCGCACCGCAAGGGGCGAGAAGGUCGAGCGUGCGCCCAUGUGGGUGAUGCGUCAAGCUGGACGCUACUUGCCCGAAUACCACGAGGAGAAGGGCAAGAACGACUUUUUCGAGUGCUGUCGCAGCCCCGAAAUCGCCUCCAAUCUCACCCUGCAGCCCAUCGACCGCUAUGCCGGACUCGUCGAUGCUGCCAUCAUCUUCUCUGAUAUCCUCGUCAUUCCUCAGGCCAUGGGCAUGGAUGUUGUCAUGGUAGACAAGAAAGGCCCACACUUCCCAGAGCCGCUACAAACACCCGACGACAAGCAGUACAAGGAGGUCAUGGAGCGCAAGGUCGACGUGAAGGAAUCCUUAGACUAUGUUUACAAGGCCAUAACUCUGACAAGGCAGAAGCUCGCUGGUCGAGUGCCUUUGAUCGGUUUCUGUGGUGCGCCCUGGACGCUGUUGAGCUACAUGGUCGAGGGUGGAGGUAGCAAGAUGUUCAUCCAAGUCAAGACGUGGGUAUACAAAUACCCGGAAGCCAGCAAAGCGCUGCUGCAAAAGAUUGCAGAGCUUUGUGUAGAGUAUCUCGCUCUGCAGGUGGAGGCUGGCGCUCAGAUGAUCCAAGUAUUCGACUCGUGGGCGGGUGAGCUCUCUCCCCAGUCGUUCAAGGAGUUCUCUCUGCCAUACCUUAACCACAUCGCCGACAACCUUCCUGCACGCCUCAAGUCGAAGGGCCUCGAGCCUGUCCCGAUGACAGUCUUCGCCAAGGGCGCCUGGUACGCGCUGCCUGCACUCUGCGAGUCGAACUACAACACUAUUGGAUUGGAUUGGCUGCAUGACCCAGCAGAGGCGUACCAGCUUGCGCAGUCAAAGGGCAAGGUCCUCCAAGGCAACGCAGACCCCGGCAUUCUGUAUGGCAGCAAGGAGUCGAUCACGAGGGUGGUGGAGAACAUGGUUGCUGGAUUCGGUGGAGGCAAGAAGGGCUGGAUCGCUAACCUUGGCCACGGCAUUACACCCUUUGUCAAGCCGGACGAUCUGAAGUUCUACUUUGAAGAGAUCCAUAGGCUAACAACAUAA